GCAUGAAGCUUACAGUUAUGACACUCUAAGGUGUUCAAGACCUAGGAGUGGCAGGUAUUUAAGGUGGCACAUCUGCCUUAGUGGCCACUGUCCCAUUCAGUUCUUAAAAUAAAGUAAUGAAUAGAUAGAAUUUUUUCUAAAGGUAUAGAAUAUCUAAUAAUACUGCUUAUUGAACAGAGUGAAUGAUUCUUUACAAGCAGCUGGCUUAUGUUGCAGGCGCUUGGACAAUUGACUUUAAUGAUGUGGUUUAAAGGAAAGAUUUUUAAAAUGGGUAAAUGCAAGGAUGAAUAUGGGUCCCAGUCAUGUGAGGUGUUCAAACUGUAGAUAACUUACAGUGCCAUGAGCAAGAUCUGAGAUACAUAAAAGUAGGCAUAGCCAGAGGCACAUAGGGCUGGAUACAGGAAACAGACAAAACUUGUUAGCAUAGGUUUCUGAAACACAAGAAAGAAUACAAAGCAUACCAGAUAAACUGGCACAGUAAAUGGGGCCCUGUUUUCAUUUAUAGUGAAUUCAUUUAUAGCCUCAAGUGUUUGAGUAUACUAAAAAUCAGCUAUUGUGACAAUUCAUUAACAGCUACCCAGAAUGGGGCAAGGCCACCCAGUGUCAUCCAAAGAUCCGUCUCAUCUACUUUCUUCCAUUCCUCAACCUCCCCACUGUAAUCAAUUGUCUUCAUGGGCAUGCAUCCCUCUCAAGUUUAUCCCUGAACCCACUAUAUGCUUCCACGUCUAGAGAACAGAAACACACUUUCAGUGUUGGUGUCAUUUGAAGAUGUGGCUGUGGACAUUACCCAGGAGGAAUGGCAGAAGAUGAACAAUACUCAGAGGACCCUAUACAGGGAUGUGAUGCUUGAGACAUAUAACAAUCUGCUGUCUGUGGCAGGGUACCACAUAACAAAACCUGAUGUGAUCUUCAAAUUGGAACAAGAAUCAGUACCAUGGACUGUGGAAAAAUCUAUACACCAGCAGGUUCCAGAUCCUUACAGAAAGAAUGAGCUGCUUGGAACUAAUCCAGAAAAUCAAGAAACCACUUUCAGGGAGCCUGACGAAAUGUCACUUGGGAAAAAGCAAGCCUCUAAUGUUCCUGAGAACCAACUCCAAUGUGGGGAAAAUAUCAGUGAGCAUGACAAGAUAUACACUUGUAAAAAGUCUUUUGAACACAAUAGGAAAGAAAAUACUUUCAGCAGGAAGAUAUUCUUUAAGUGUCAGAAAACUCAUAUCAAAGACCCAUGUAAUUGCCCUGUGAUUGUAGGAGAAACAAUUCAGUUUGACAAGAAAAUGUUCCAUAGCAAUCCUUAUGUUGGCAAGCAUCAACAAACACACUCAGAGAAGAAACUCCAUGAACCUUUCAAGAAUGAGAAUUGUCCUAUUUAUAAAAGAGAUGUUAAAAUAAAUCACAUAAUACAAACAGCAAAAAGUCACUAUAUAUGUGGCUACUGCAAACAGUCUUUUACCUGUAAUUCUAGGUUUACCACCAAACAGAGAAGUGAUAUAGGAGAAAAUUUCCAUGUGUGCAAUGAAUGUAAGAAAAACAUUUACCAGAAGUCAGAAUUCACUAGAAAUAAGAUACUUCCCAAUAAAGAGAAACCAUAUGAAUGUAAUGACCUUGUAAAAUCCUUUAGUGCUCAAUCAAGUCUCCUUACACAUCAGAGAAUUCACACAAGGAGAAAACCUUAUAAGUGUAGUGAGUGUGGAAAAGCCUUUUGCACGCCAUCACUUCUCCUUACACAUCAAAGAACUCACACAGGGGAGAAACCUUACAAUUGUAAUGAAUGUGGGAAAGCUUAUUGUCAGAAGUCAUCCCUAAUCAUGCAUCAGAGAAUCCACACAGGUGAAAAACCUUAUAAGUGUAGUGAGUGUGGACAAGCUUUUUGUCAGAAGUCACACCUAAUCAUGCAUGAGAGAAUCCACACAGGAGAGAAACCUUAUAAAUGUGAGUGUGGAAAAGCCUUUUGCAAGCCAUCAGUUCUCAUUAAACAUCAGAGAACUCACACAGGGGAAAAACCUUACAAAUGUAGUGAGUGUGAAAAAACUUUUUUUCAGAAGUCAUCCCUAAUCAUACAUCAGAGAAUCCAUACAGGAGAAAAACCUUAUAAGUGUAUUGAGUGUGCAAAAGCUUUUUGUCGAAAGUCACACCUAAUCAUUCAUCAGAGAAUCCACACAGGGGAAAAACCUUAUAAGUGUAAUGAGUGUGGAAAAGCAUUUUGCCAGCAUUCUGGUCUCAUUGUGCAUCAGAGAAUUCACACAGGGGAAAAACCUUAUAAAUGUGGUGAGUGUGCAAAAGCUUUUGGUCAAAAGGCAUCCCUAAUUGCACAUCAGAGAAUCCACACAGGGGAAAAAGCUUAUGAAUGUAUUGAGUGUGGGAAAGCAUUUUGCCAACAGUCAAGUCUCAUUGUACAUAAGAGAAUUCACAAAAGGGAAAAACCUCAUAAAUGUAGUGAGUGUGGAAAAGGCUUUUACCAGCAUUCAGAUUUCAUUAAGCAUCAGAGAAUCCACACAGGGGAAAAGCCUUAUGAAUGUAUUGAGUGUGGGAAAGCUUUUUAUCACAAGUCACGCCUACGCACACAUCUGAGAAUUCACACAGGGGAAAAACCUUAUAAGUGUAGUGAGUGUGGAAAAGCUUUUUGCCAGCAGUCCGGUCUCAUUGUACAUCAAAGAAUUCACACAGGGGAAAAACCUCAUAAAUGUAGUGAGUGUGCAAAAGCUUUUGGUCAAAAGGCAUCCCUAAUUGCACAUCAGAGAAUCCACACAGGGGAAAAGCCUUAUGAAUGUAUUGAGUGUGGGAAAGCAUUUUGCCAUAAAAAAGACCUAAACAAUCAUCACAGAGUUCACACAAGGGAAAAACUUUUUCAGUAUGAUGAGUAUGGAAAAUCUUUUUGCUAGGAGACAAUUAUUGCAUAAUCUAAGUCACAUGACUGAAGAAGUGUUUAAAAACUCAUAGAAAAAAAACAAUGAUUGCAAUAGAAAGCAAAAACUGACAUGGGUUUGCAGUUGAGUAACAUAUCCAUAGGAAGGAGUAAGAACUAUCCUAUUGACUAUAAAAAUCAUUGUUCUGAAGUCAAUCCUCUGCAGAUCCUACGAAGUUCAGAAAAACAACAAUAUGUAAACAGAAAAAGUAGCUACAAUAAAUCUAUCACAGUCAAAUCUUAUAAAGUCCCAAACAAGCAUUAGUAAGAUUACAGAUAGAACACAUUAUAAAAUUGCAGUAAGAUGUGCAAAAUAAUAAACAUGAGGUGUGUCACAUUUCAGAACAAGGCUAUGUUUUGCUAAAAUAUUUGAGAUGGAAUCUGCUUGAUCUCAUUUUGUUGUAAAUAAGUUCUGCUUUCAUUUUUUAAUUUUGAAAAUAAAUAUUCUGCGUAUAACACUUGUUUUGAAUUUCAUAUAGCAUUUAUGCAGUUAUCUAGUAUAGCUUUUUUUACAGUGUUAAUUUGCCAAUAUUCUAUUACAGAGCAAUAUGGAACUCACAAGUGUCAACUGAUGCAUGUGGCAAUUGUAGUGCUAAUCACCCUAUUUUGCAGGACUGGUGUUUUGUUCAGAACGAGGAGUGAUUCAUUUGUGACAUCUGGCAAAUUGGAUCACUUUUGGCCCUUGUCUAAUCAUUGUAUACUUUUAGAGGUAUAUGCAAGUGUCAUAAGGAUUGUUUGGCAUCUGGUUUGGGGAUGUGGUAAUUGCCACUGGGUUUUAAGUAUCAGCUGCCAUAACUACUGCUCACGUUCUCACUGAUUUCAUGCACAAUGGCUUCCCAAAGCAAGUUUCUU